CGAGCUGAUGAGGACAGUCUCGGGGCUGAAGCAAAAUGGCGGCCCUGAGCCCGGAGAUUGCGGCGUGAGACGAACAAAAAGGAAUGAAGGUUUGAGUUGCUCUGGUGAUGGUGAAGAGAGGAAGACGAGAGAGAGAAGAGGAGAGGAGAGGAGAGAGAGAGAGAGAGGGUGUGGAUCAGUGAGUGGCCCCGACCAGUGGGAGGAAGGAAGGAAGGAAGGAAAGGAAAGGAAAGGAAGGAAGGAAAAAAAAGAUGGAAAUGGCUCUAACUGUGUUUGGUGAAAAUGAUGAAUAUAAGCCUCCGGUAUGGAAAUCCUACUUGUAUCAGUUACAGCAGGAAGCUCCUCAUCCAAGGAGGAUUACAUGCACUUGUGAGGUGGAGAAUAGACCCAAGUACUAUGGAAGAGAGUUCCAUGGAAUAAUUUCGCGAGAAGAAGCGGAUCAACUGCUUAGUGUAGCGGAAGGAAGUUACAUUAUUCGUGAAAGUCAACGCCAGUCUGGUACCUACACAUUGGCACUGCGAUUUGGGACUCAGACCAGAAAUUUUCGUCUUUACUACGAUGGGAAGCACUUUGUGGGGGAGAAACGUUUCGAGUCGAUCCAUGACCUGGUAACAGACGGAUUGAUUACAUUGUAUAUCGAGACCAAGGCAGCAGAAUAUAUUGCCAAGAUGACGAUUAACCCAAUCUACGAGCACAUAGGCUAUACUACUUUAAAUCGGGAACCUACCAACAAAAAAUGUCUGCCAGUCCUGAGGGACAUACAAGCAGGGCACGAUUCAGCUGGAGAAGAUGGUAUUCCUGAGAAAAGGACAGAGCAAGUGAGCCCUGAAAAUUGCCAGACACCUAGUUUAUUGACUUCACUUGUUCGAAGAGCCACAUUGAAAGAAAAUGAGCGAAUUCCCAAAUAUGAGAAAGUUCAUAAUUUUAAGGUUCACACAUUCCGAGGGCCUCACUGGUGUGAAUACUGUGCCAAUUUCAUGUGGGGUCUGAUUGCUCAGGGAGUGAAAUGUGCAGACUGUGGCUUGAAUGUUCACAAGCAAUGUUCUAAGAUGGUUCCACAUGACUGUAAGCCAGACUUGAAGCAUGUGAAAAAGGUCUACAGCUGUGACCUAACAACACUGGUUAAAGCACACAAUACAAAGAGGCCAAUGGUGGUUGAUAUGUGCAUCAGAGAAAUUGAAGCCAGAGGCUUGAAAUCUGAAGGUUUGUACAGAAUAUCGGGGUUCAGUGAUCUAAUUGAAGAUGUCAAGCUGGCAUUUGACAGAGAUGGUGAGCGAGCAGACAUUUCGGUGAAUAUUUAUGAAGAUAUAAAUAUUAUUACUGGUGCACUUAAAUUGUACUUCAGGGACUUGCCUAUUCCACUCAUCACUUAUGAUGCUUACCCCAAAUUUAUUGAAGCUGCAAAAAUUCCAGACCCUGACGAGCGGUUAGAGGCACUUCACGAAGCAUUAAAACUUUUGCCACCUGCGCACUGUGAAACCCUGAGGUAUCUCAUGGCUCAUUUAAAAAGGGUUACACUACAUGAGAAAGACAACCUGAUGAAUGCAGAGAACCUGGGGAUUGUUUACGGACCAACCUUAAUGCGAGCACCAGAACAGGACGCUAUGGCAGCUUUAAAUGAUAUACGUUAUCAAAGACUGUUGGUGGAGAUGCUUAUCCAAAAUGAGGACAUUUUGUUUUGAAGAUUUUAUGAGCUACUUUAAAUUAUAGCAGGAGGAAUGGAUUAGAUUAACUGGUCAGCAUCAUCAGCCUGUUUAAUUGUUUCAAUGCACAAGUUUGAAGGCAGCCCUUCAUGUGUUUUGCAUAGUGCACUCCGCUGCAGACGCACAAUAACAGAAUUUUAGAUACUAAAAUUGCUGGGUGUGCGUUUGAUUCCUUAAUAUAAGCUAAAGCUACUGCAUGAUUUUAAUCUCCGUUUUUGUCGGGGACCUUCAGCAAACAUUGCAAAUGUUGCAGUGUUUUUCCUUUUGGAUAGUAAUGAGUGUUAUGUGCAGCAUGUUUGUAGGUGUGUGUGUGGGUGUUAUUUGUCAAAUGGUGUGACUUGCUUUUUAUAUAAUAUGUGAACAUUACUAGUGUAUAACUCCGGAGUAGGACUGAAGUUGUGAGUCAUUUGAAUACAAUAUGCAUAUUGGAUUCUUUGACACUUACCCCAUGUGCAUUUCUGCCUUUGGGCUAUGGCCUGUUUUGUCAGACUCAUAUAAAUCUUUAUUUGUAGAUGUUUCUAAAUGAAACAGAAUGAUUUGUAAAGUAUGUUUCUGUACAACUUACAUAAUCAGUGUUAUGUUAAGAUGUUGCAGUACCCCACUGGCAGCACUAAACAUCUUUGGGUUUAUUUUUCUUGGUGUAAUUUUGUAUUUCACUCGGGCAUGCAAACAUUAAUUUAUUAAAAUUUACUUUUGAAAUGUGAUUUUUAUAACUAUUGUUGCUUGAAUAUUCAGUGGUAACAUCUGCUUGUGAUACACUUGGAUGGAUAUUUAAUUUCUGUGAUUUCAAGCUAGAUGUAGGUUAAUAGGCAACAGACACAGAUGCAAUUGGAGAUGAUUGAAUGCAGUAACAAUUGCUCCCACAGGAGCGAAAGCUGUCAUUUCUUUAAGAACUGCAACCAAAAUCCAAAAACAAAUUGCUGGUUUAGGGUUGAUUUGAGUAAGUCAACAAUAUAUGUACACAGCAGUAUUUUCUGAAUUGCUUAAGAGAUGCUGAUGCUUUUGUUGUGUCUUUCCACCCCCCCCCACCCAAUAUCCUGUUUAUUAUUUUCUCAUAUCAAAUGGAAAAAGAAUAUAUUUUGCACAUUCAGUUGAAGCCACACCAAGCUGCUUCUAAAGAAAAUUAUUCUCGUCAUUAAAGUACUCUAUUUAUCUCAAAUGAAAACCUGUUCCCUAUUCCUCCGGUCACAUCACUCUGUGCUCACUUAUAUUGUCCACCUUGGUUUCUCUGUACUUCAUAUAGUAAAUAAUACUAAAGUCACCCAUUUGGCAUAGGCGAAUGAGCUCACAUAACUCUUCCCAGAGGGAUCAAAAGCAGCCAAAGUAUUUACAUUAAUAAAAUGGGGUUAAAUAUAUAGAAACAACCUUGUGCUAAUGGUUUGUUAUCUAAUACCAAUAAAACACUCAGUAAUGUUGAAUAAAAUAUUUAGAAUAAUUAAACUGGACUUGAGAUAGAUGCAUAUCCAGUUAGAUUGGAUGACGUGCGUUUCAAGGCAGGAAAAUGAUUAACUAUAGUAGCUCAUUACAGUAUUAAUGGAUAGAGUAGUGGGAAAAAUUCCUUUGCUAAUAGUAAUCCUUACAUUUGGUGUACAGUAGUGUCUUUCAUGUCAAAA